GUUGAGGGGGAGAGAAACGCAGAAAAACAAUUGAGGAGGGCCACUCCGUUUUUCUUUCUUCAAUUUCCAAGGGGAAACCCACCCCUUUCACUCUUUCAUUUCCCUUCCUCCUUCCAUUCUCCUUAUCAUCUUCCUAUUUGCUCUCUGCAAUUCUCUCUCCUUUUGCAUCACGACCAAUCCUAGCUUCUCAUUUUAAUCAUAAUGUUCUAACUGCUCUCUUUUUUGUCUGUUUGAACGUGCAGCAUUGCCAUUGAGGCCUUCUUUAACAAGGUUUUUUUUGCAAAAAUGGGAACAUCCUUUUCCUCCUCGUUGUCCAAUCUUAACAAUUUGGAUAGUCAGAUUGAAUCUUAUUUAGUGAGAACAAUAAGCUUUGGAGGAAAGGGAGUGAAGAAGGCUAAACUACCGAAGAGUUUAGAUGGUUCUGGACCUUCCAUGUUGAAGUCCUCUGGUUCUGUAAAGAUGAUCCUUAAAGGGUCUGUUAGCUUCAAUGGGAUUGAAUUUGUGACCAAGAAGCCAUUCUUGUCUCCUUAUGUGAUUAGAUCAUACGGCCAUGGAAGUCGACAAUUUUCUGUCAAAUCGCCUUCACCAGGCACUAUCUCAAUGCCACCUCCAAAUACCCGUGACCAAAGAAACCAGGCUGCAGUAAAAGUGCAGAAGACUUAUAAAAGUUUUCGCACCCGGAGACAACUAGCAGAUUGUGCUGUCCUCGUCGAACAAAGAUGGUGGAAGCUUGUAGAUUCGGUUGAACCCAAACUCAAUGCUAUAUCAUUCUUCGACAUUGAUAGACCUGAAACUGCUGUUUCACGUUGGUCAAGAGCGAUGACAAAAGCUGCUAUGGUGGGAAAAGGUUUGUCUAAAGCUGGACAGGCACGCAAACUUGCUUUGCAGCAUUGGCUUGAAGCGAUUGAUCCUCGCCAUCGCUAUGGUCACAAUCUUCAAUUUUAUUAUGCCAAGUGGCUUCAAUGUGACAGCAGACAAGCCUUCUUCUAUUGGUUGGACAUAGGUGAAGGCAGAGAAGUAAAUCUCGAGAGAUGUCAACGAUCAAAACUUCAACAACAGUGCAUCAAGUAUCUUGGUCCGGUAGAGAGGGAGGCAUAUCAAGUCAAAGUGGUAGAUGGAAAUUUUUUGUAUAAACAUUCUGGAAAGUUGGUUGACACGAGGGAAUGCACCGACGAUACGAAGUGGAUCUUUGUGCUUAGCGUGUCCAGGGUUUUGUAUGUUGGGCAGAAGCGUAAAGGAACUUUCCAACACUCUAGUUUCUUGGCUGGUGGUGCAACAUUGGCCGCUGGAAGAUUAGUUGUUGAAAAUGGCAUUUUGAAGGCGGUCUGGCCUCACAGUGGACAUUAUCUCCCAACGGAGGAGAAUUUCGAGGAGUUCAUUUGUUUCCUCGAGCAACAUAACGUUGACAUCACUUUGGUCAAGAGAGCACCAAGUGUGGACGAGGAGGGGUCGUUCAUUAAGAAGGAAUACAGCUUUAGCCUGCGUAGUAGCAUGUCAGAACCAGAUUUGAAGACGGGGAAAGAAGAGGAGUCGUCGAGCAUAACAUAUAGCAAAGUAGAAAAUGUGAGGGCGCCCUGCAGGUCAAGGCGGUCUAGUAGAUUGCGACCAAACAUUCCAGUACUUGAAAUUCCAAAGAGGGAGGAUAUACUCGAGAUGUUCAGGGAUGAAGAGAAAGGGCAGGCAGGAACGAGUAGCCCCGUCGUAGAAACACCUGCAGGUGGGUACGAAACAGCAGAAGAAUACUUGUCAGACACCGAGUUCUCAGUCUCUAAGCAUAACUUAUUCGAUGGAGAAACUGAGGAAGACUACGAGGAGCCUGUCCCGAAAGAAAAGAUUGCGAGAAGAAUAGUGUCACACCAAGGAAUGAAGUCGUAUCAGCUGGCAGACCAGUUAUCAUGCAGAUGGACAACGGGAGCUGGACCGCGAAUUGGAUGCGUGAGGGACUAUCCAGUGGAGCUCCAGUUUCGCGUGUUGGAGGAGGUGAAUUUGUCUCCCAAGAGCACAUUUUCAUCCCCGCGAAAAUCUGCUCGAACCACGCCCAAGCACCACCUGUCCUGCAGAGAAGCAAAUGCAAGCAAAAGUCCUAUGGGAAGAGAAUCAAUGUUGUUGUUGAAUCAAGUUGCUGCAACACCAUGAAAUUAAGCAGCACACAGAUUCAUACACAACUCAUCCAUCACUAGUGUUUAGAUGGAAAUUUAAGGAAUCUUUUUUGUUUUUCCUUUGUUUUUGAAGUUAUAGAAAUUUGUGUUAGGAAAAUUGUUGGCAAAAGUAGCAUAUGGUCGGUCUUUCACAUACCUCAAUUGUUGCCAAACAUAACACAGGCACAGUCGUCAGAUGUAACCAACAACAAUAUGAAUCUCAU